AGGUCAAAACUUGUUUCGGAUAGCCAGUCCUCCCUCUCUCUCUCUCUUCUCUCUUCUCUCCCUCUCUCUCUCUCUCUCUCUCUCUAACAAACGCUUUAUACUGAAACCUUCAAAUUCAUCCAUGAAAAUGAACAUCUGAUUCGUUCUCCUAACUCGAUCCGUCGCUACUUUCUCAGAUCUGAAACCUUUUGAUUCACUGUUUAUGGAAAUGGCUGCAAUUUCUUCCAGUCCUCGCACCGUUGAAGAGAUCUUCAAGGAUUACAGCGCUCGUCGUGCCGGAAUCGUUCGAGCUCUCACUUACGAUGUUGAUGAAUUUUACGCCACUUGUGAUCCAGAGAAGGAGAACUUGUGUUUGUACGGACAUCCAAACGAAACAUGGGAAGUAACACUUCCAGCAGAGGAAGUUCCUCCAGAACUCCCGGAACCGGCUUUGGGUAUUAACUUUGCUCGAGACGGGAUGCACAAAAGAGAUUGGCUGUCAUUGGUUGCCGUGCAUACAGACUCUUGGCUGUUAGCGGUUGCUUUCUACUUCGGUGCUCGUUUGAAUAGGAAUGAGAGGAAACGUUUGUUCGCCCUGAUAAACGAGAUACCCACCGUGUUUGAAGUCGUGACGGAGAGGAAGCAUGUGAAGGACAAGCCGAAUGUGGAUAACGGCAACAAGUCUAGAUCCAGCACAAAGAGGACGAAUGACGGGCAAUCAAAAAGCACACCAAGAGUCUAUGAUGAGGGUUAUGCAGAAGAGGAAGAAGACGAGCACGGGGAAACCCUUUGUGGGACGUGUGGAGGGAAUUACAGCGGUGAUGAGUUUUGGAUCGGGUGUGACAUCUGCGAGAGGUGGUAUCACGGUAAGUGUGUGAAAAUAACACCCGCGAAAGCUGAAAGUAUCAAGCAGUACAAAUGCCCUUCUUGCAGCACGAAGAAAAUCCGCCCGUAAACCCGAAAUUCUAACAAACAUGUUGAAUAUCAUCUAUCUAUCUAUCUAUAUUUGCUUUGCUAGUAGGAUGUUUAUCUUUUCUACAACAUAUAAAUAGGUUACUUACUAUAUGUGGUUAUUUGACUUGUUUCUUUUAGGACAUGGUUUAUUUUGCAGUUAGUCCCAAUUUUUAGCAGUUGAAAUUUACAACCCUA